AAUAAUAAGUAGAGAAAAAGAAAAGGAAGAAAAGGAAAAGAAAAUUACCGAAUACUUCAUUGCUACGGCUACAACCGCGCGUGGGGGUCUGGCGGUCGCGGAUCGUCAACAGCGAAACAUCGGCCGGGUCGGAUUCGUAGUGGUCAUUACCCCUUCCUCAAGAAAUUCUUCGAUUCAUUGAGUUUCGAGUUAUAAAUUCGUAAAGAGGAGAAAUUUCUAUCAUUCAAGAUAUUUGAAAUGGAUGUGGAGGAAUCAGUGAGACUAAGAUUGGAGAUAUUGUAUGCACAAUUGGGGAAGAAACACACAUUCGAGGAAGGAGUUUCUAACAUCACUACUCUGCUUCAAGAUCGUUAUCCUGAUGCUUCUCCUGAUUUACGCAAAUCGUUCUAUUACAUAAUUUGCCGAGUUGCAACAUUGUUGAGGUCACGAUUUACGGCCCCAGGGUUUUGGCUUUCUGGUCUCAAGCUUUUUCAGUUUUCUUUGACUCUGCUCUCUGAUCAAUCUGAGAUAAAACACCUUCAGGCUUGCGUAGCUCAGGCCGAGGAAAUUCUGCGCGUCAUCGACGAUCCACCUCCGCAGUCACAAAGUACUUCAUCAAAUACAGGCUAUCUUUUUGAGGGCCAUCUCACUGUUGAUCCAGAGCCACCCCAGCCGCAGUGGCUGGUGCAAUCAAAUCUCGUGACAGCCGCUGCAGCUGCGCUAUCUAAUGUUGAAUCUUCUCAACCUUCGGGUGAGAACAACAACGUUUCUGAGUCAGUUGCUGGCAUUCUUCUAGCUCUUAAUGGAGAUCUUGAAACUGUUAUAAAUGCGUUAAAUGUUGACACGGUUGACCAACCACCGAAAGCCCCUCCUGCAAGUAAAGAAGUCGUCGCCAACCUUCCUGUAACUAUUAUAACAGAUGAAAUUCUUGCCAAGCUAGGAAAAGAUGUACAAUGUGCCAUUUGCAAGGAAAACUUCGCUGUUGAUGAUAAGAAGCAAGAAUUGCCUUGCAAACAUGCAUUCCACCAAGAUUGUUUGAAGCCAUGGCUGGACUCAAAUAACUCUUGUCCAAUCUGUCGGCACGAAUUGCCCACCGAUGACCAAGAAUACGAAAACUGGAAGGAACGAGAGAGAGAGGCUGAAGAAGCAAGAAGAGGAGCUGAAAAUGCUGUUCGUGGUGGUGAAUAUAUGUAUGUUUGAAUGAUAUUGCAAUGUCUUAGCAUCAGGGAGUUAGUCGAUUACCAAAUGAUGUAUGAUAAGGGGAUUUUCUAUGUGUGGACUUAGAUGUCAAAGCUUCAUAGUUAUUCUUUUAUAGCAGAAACUAUGGAGCAUAGUUUUCACUUCUUUGUCAUUAAAAUGUCACAAUAUUACUUGUUCUCUUGAUUGGUUGAUAAGGAUUUGCUUAGUUUUGGCAAA